CCCGGCACGUCGACCGCGAGCAAAAGCUCGACGACGAGCGCGUCGAGCGCGCAGCAGUCGACGAAGGGCAGCCCCUCCCGCAUACUGAAGCUGAACCCCGGCGUCUCGAUCAUCAAGAAACCGCCGCCGAACUUGCAACGAUUGAACCUGCCGUCCACCAGUAGCGCGACGAACGGCAACGUGAAGCGGAAAGACAGUCAAAAGGUGCCGGUCUCCUCCGGCGGCAAGGUGUUCCAUCUGAGCGAGCCGGAGUUCAAGCGGCUGCAGUCGCUCAAGAGACAGAAGCAACUGCUCUCGGAGAAAUCGAUCAGCCCCGGGACGGGCGGCGCGGCCGGCUCGAGCAACGCCUCCUCGCCGCCGAGCCUGAAGUCGACCACGCAGUAUCAGAAAGCGCAACAGCAGCUCGCCGCGCACACCCAGUUCCAGAAGCACCUCAGGAUGCAGCAGGAGAUGCUCAGCCGUCAGAGCAGAGGCGACUUCGAGCCGUUGAUCUGCGACGUUCGCUCGCUGGCGAACGAGAACAGCCCCACCCAGAAUCUGUUGCACAACCUGAACCUGCCGAAAUCGAUACAGGUCACCACCAAGUCGUCCAACCAGAUUCCGAUAUUGCCGAAAAUCCCGAAGUCGUUGACAGUGAUACCGCAGACCGUCACCAGACCUACCGACAAAUGA